AAUAAGGCUACAAGCGGAAUCGUCAGGUUUUCAUACUUUAUGACGCUUGUUCGUAUGCGGAUUUGACCGGCUGAUUGUCCACCCCCUUCCAUAUAUCUACAUUCUAGAUCACUAAUCUUUUCCGUGGAGCGUAUAAAAAGGGGUGGAAGCAGUCAAAGCCACUAUUGCUAAGCCUUUAACGAAGAUGCAACUUUUAGUGCUUACCGCAGCGCUUCUGGUGGCGAUUGUGAAUGCGGGACGGUACGGACCUAAUUACCUUUAUCAUCCACCGCCGGAAAAUCCUAAUGAUUCGGUUACUAAAGAAGGGAUAUCACUGCUCUUGCCACUGUUUUUGGAUCCUAGAUACCAUGGACUUCUUGAGAGCUUCCUUUCUGCACAUGAUAAUGGUGAGAGUAUGCCUCAACUGCCUUCACCUCCAUCGGAAAGCUCCUCAUCUUCAUCUUCAUCUUCAUCUUCAUCUUCAUCUUCAUCUUCAUCAUCGGAAAGCUCCGAGUCACCAUCUUCAUCGGAAAGCUCCGUGAGUUUUAACCUAUACGGUAAUGAAUUAGCUGGGAAGCUGAAAGGACCAUUUACACUUGACAGAUACCCUGACGGCAACAAUAGCGCUAUCGUGCCGGUGAACGCUCCAAAGACCUAUUAG